AUGGAAUCUGGUGAACGUAUCGUGAAAUUAUUCGGUCGAGAGUAUGGUCGAGAGGCGUUCGUCUCAAGAUUGUUCUACUUGUGUUUCUUUGCCUCAUUCGGUUCAUUGUUCCCGUUAUUGGGAAUCUAUUUCAAACAGCUGGGCAUGAACGCUGCCCAGGCUGGUUUUUUGCUGGGCGCAAGGCCAUUAGUGGAAUUCGCAUCGAGUCCUUUCUGGGGCAGUUUCGCGGAUCGUUUCAAGAAGGUAUCGUCGAAUUCAUUGAUUUCCUCCCAAAUCCUUAUUUCAUACUAUAUUCCAAUUCGUUAA